CGGGAGAGGGAGGGCACCCAGCACCAUCACCCCCAUCACCAGCGACAUGGCAGCGGUGCGACAGCGCCGGGCCAGCGGCGAGCCGGGGCGCAGGGGCAGAAGGACCGGUGGCUGCAUCCGCUGGGCGCUGCCGGAGCGCUCCCUGCGCUGGGGCAUCUUCUCUCUAACUCUCUUCUUUUCCUUCCUCCAAUUCUACCCCUUCACCUUCUUCUCCUUUCUCUCCUCUCCUCUGCCCUUCCUCUCCCUAAGUUUCGAGGACUCCACCUUGUCCACAGCCACUACCCUUGAGUAUAUCCCCACCUCAGCAGGCGACCCCAAAUGCCAGAGGCCCCGCACGCUCAUGCGCCAGCAAAGUCUGCAGCAGCCCCUCAGCCAGCACCAGCGCUCCAACCACAGCCAGCCCACCACCAGCCAGAGCCUGGGCCAGCUCCAGGCUCACAGCGGCUCCACAGCCGGCACCGGCACCAACCGCGGCUCCCGGGGGGGCCAGGCUCGCCCCGGCAUCGCCGCCGGCUCCAAGCAUCCGACGGCCGGCGGCCGGAGCCGCUCCAAUCCCGGCAGCUGGGACCAUGUGGUGGGGCAGAUCCGCAACCGCGGCUUGGACAUGAAGUCCUUCCUGGAAGGCCGGAUGGUGGUGUUAUCCCUGGUUUUGGGACUCUCAGAGCAAGAUGACUUUGCCAAUAUCCCCGACCUGCAACCCGCUGGGACGCAGCCGAACCAGCCGAACGCUCAGGGGGACAAGAGGUUACCGGCCGGUGGCAAGGCAGUGACCACAACACCGGUGCCAGGGCAGCCGCCGCACGAUGAGUCCGACCGCAAGACGGAGCCUCGCUCCUCCGUCUCCGACCUGGUCAACUCCCUGACCAGCGAGAUGCUCAUGCUCUCUCCGGGCUCCGAGGACGACGAGGCCCAUGAUGGCAUCAGCAGGGAGAACCUGGGCCGCAUCCAGUUCAGUGUUGGCUACAACUUCCAGGAGUCCACCCUGACCGUGAAGAUCAUGAAGGCACAAGAGCUGCCGGCCAAGGACUUCAGCGGCACCAGCGACCCCUUUGUCAAGAUCUACCUGCUCCCCGACAAGAAGCACAAGCUGGAGACCAAGGUGAAGAGGAAGAACCUCAACCCGCAUUGGAAUGAGACCUUCCUCUUCGAAGGGUUCCCCUAUGAGAAGGUGGUGCAGCGGGUGCUGUACCUCCAGGUCCUGGACUACGACCGCUUCAGCCGCAACGACCCCAUUGGGGAGGUGUCCAUCCCCCUCAACAAGGUGGAUCUCACCCAGAUGCAGACCUUCUGGAAGGACCUGAAGCCCUGCAGUGAUGGCAGUGGAAGCCGUGGGGAGCUGCUGCUGUCGCUGUGCUACAACCCCUCAGCCAACUCCAUCGUGGUGAACAUCAUCAAAGCACGGAACCUCAAAGCCAUGGACAUCGGGGGCACGUCAGACCCCUAUGUGAAGGUUUGGCUGAUGUACAAGGACAAGCGGGUGGAGAAGAAGAAGACGGUGGUGAUGAAACGGUGCCUGAACCCCGUCUUCAAUGAGUCCUUUGCCUUUGACAUCCCCACGGAGCGGCUGCGGGAGACCACCAUUGUCAUCACCGUCAUGGACAAGGACAGGCUGAGCCGCAACGAUGUCAUUGGCAAGAUCUACCUGUCCUGGAAGAGCGGCCCCGGGGAGGUGAAGCACUGGAAGGACAUGAUCGCCCGUCCCCGGCAGGCAGUGGCACAGUGGCACCAGCUGAAGGCCUGAGCAUCCCCCCCAACCCAGGACUGUGGGGCCGGGGGUGUCCCCCCCAUUCCCAGCGCCCAUCACCCCUCCUCAGGGCUCCCAGUUGGGAGCUGAGGCACCAGCAGGACAGCUCAUGGGGACCCUGCGGUAGGAGGGGGAUGGAGCCCACCAGCCCCUUUGCUUCCACCUCAUCCCAGCACUGGGGUACCCAGGACCCCCCCAUCCCCAUCCCCAUCCCACCACUGGGCAGGACUUCAAUGAGUGCUUCCAGCCCCGCUCCCUGGGAGCCCCUCUGCCCCUUCCCAGCCUCAUACCCCCCCCCAUUGCAGGGGGCCAGGCAAGAGGGGUCCCCCCAUUCCCUUCCAGCUCAAUAGAACCUCUCCGAGCCGUCAGCGUCGCCUGAGCGGGGCCAUGGAAUCCCCCCUCUUCCAUUGCCCUUCCUCAUCCUCACCGCCCCCCCCAAGCCCCCAAUGGGGUGGGAUGGGGAAGGUGGGGGGCACCCAUGGGAGGGGGUAACCCCAUUCCCAGGCCAGGCGCGGGCUCCUGGGAUCGGAAGCCAUGACACAGUUCGAUAGCCAAAGCAGGCUCGUUUGUGCACUGCCUUUAGCUGGGGUUGAUGCUUUACCUCCGUCCAUGGGCUCAGUAGGGGCAGGAGGUCGAGAACCCCAUCCUGGGGCUCACCCCACUGCGUGGGGACCACCCCCCUGCCCCAUAUCCUGCCCCCAACCCAGCUUCUUUCACCCCACGUUACCCCCAACCCUGGGCUUGUCCCCAUAGGGCUGGGCAGGGGACUGGCCUCGACCCAUGGGGUGGUACCCACAAAGGGAUGCUGAGCCCCAGAGCAUCCCCUUCCAGCCAGGCUGACCCCCAUGAGCCCUAUGCCCAGCACUGGGGUCCGUGGGGAUAAGGGAUGGAGCAAGUGCCAUUGUCCCCAUCCUGGGUAGGUGGCAUUCCUUGGGUCAGCCAGCCUGGCAGGAGCAGUGCCAGCAUCUCCCAUUGGGAUUCAUGUGCCAGAUCCCUGCCAGCUCCCUGGGGCUGAGGCUAUGGGAGCCCCAUGGGGUACAGGGGUUUGGGGGUGACAGUGGUGUCACCCGAUGGUGGUGGGCUCCCCAUGGGGGGCCAUGGGUGCUGGCAGGACCCCAGCAGCACUGGGUAUGAUGUGACAGCACCCACAGCAGCAGGAUGGGAGACGUGGGUGCUGUCACCUCCACAGCCAUCUCAGGUAGGGCACAGCCACCCAUGGGCACCCAGAGCGAGCCCAUUGUCCCAGAGCCACCCCUCCUGGACAGGGAGGACCCCAAUCCUCAGUCUUCCCAUGCCCCUCCAAAGGCAUCCAUGGGGAGGACACUGAUCCCCCCCCUUGGGUACCACCGAGGCCACAUCUGGGGUGCUGCCAACAGCCUGGUUACAGCCCAUGAGAGUGCAUCACCCCAUCACCAUCACCCCUGCAUCACAGUGGGGCCCAGCACCCAGUGCCACCCCACCGGGCACAGGGUGAUGGAGGGGGGCACCCACUGAACCCCAUGGUGCUCCAUAGGGGAGCCUGCAUCCAGAACCCCCCCAAAACCUCCUUGGGGUACCUGGCUGCUUGUUCCUUCUCCUACCAAGGGGGACAUCCCUGUCGCAUCCCAUGGGGACCACGAUGGCAGCGGGACCAUCUUCAGCAGGUCCCAAAGUCCUUCUUUUUGGUGAUUUUGGACAAUCUGGAGAGAAGUCAUAAUCCUGCUCCGCAGUAAUAACGAUGCUUUUAGGGCCAGUUGUGUUUUUAGCCCAUUCUCUUUUCUUUUUACCCCUAAAAAGAAGAGGUUGACAGGGCUGGGAUGGGGAUGGAGCCACGCUGGGUGCUCACCCAUCACCUCUCAGCCACCCCGCUCCUCCAGGAAGGAUUCCAUGGGGUGUGUGUGUAUGGGGGGUGGGGGGGGUGCUUUGUGUGUUCUAACCCUAGAGCUCGUAGCCGUUCUCUUGUUCAGGUCUCUCUCUUCUUCAUGUGAUGGUGACAUCCAACUGGUGUGUAAAAUACAGCAAAACGGGCCAAAUGAGGCAAAACCACAGUGCAAAAAGAGACAUUAAACCCAAGAGAAGC